UGCGCAUGGGGAGAGAACUGCAAGUUCUCAUCACAAUCCAUUCCAUCAGAAGACACUUAUCUUUUCCUUCUUGAAUGAAUCUUCCACUGCUUCAGAAAGUUGAUAAUCCAUAUUCUUCCACAGCAUCUUGGUUUAAAAGGAAUUUGAAUAGCAGUACCUGGAAAUUAAGACGUGUCUCCUUUUCUACCUCUCUUCCAAUCUUCUAUGGUUCCUACUCCUUACCAAAGACACAAAAGGCUUCGGCUAUCUCUGCACACUUUGCCAGACAAAGAAAGCAAUGUGGCUGCCAACUGUAUAGCUUUUAAGAAGUGCUUAUAACAGAAGAAAGCGGAUAGAAGCAGAGAUUUGGAGGAUGACCAAUUUCAGCACAAAAUUCCCAUUCCUUUUGAAUGAGUCUUAUGGUGAUGGAUAUCUGCAGACAGCCAAUAAUUGGAUAUCAGGUGGUAAUUCCUCACAUGUUGAUAGAAAAACCUACGUCUCAUCUUUAGAAGUAUGCCUCAGUGUCCUGACUAUGGUGAUCUGCUUUUUUGGACUCAUGGGGAAUGGAAUUGUCAUCUGGCUUCUCACUUUCAGUAUUCCAAGGAAUGCUUACACAACUUUCAUACUGAAUUUGGCUACUGCUGAUUUUGCAGUCCUCCUGUCCAUACCUCUCAUUUUUAUUUUGUUUCCCCUUAACCUAGAUAUUGCUCCUCUUUACUGGGAAGAUCUCUUUAUGUGUAUCUUCAUUCCUGGCCAUUUUUUGCUGAUAGCCAUCAGUUUUGAUAGGUGUAUGUCAGUUUACUUCCCAAUUUGGCAUCGAUGUCACAGGCCAAAAUACUUUUCUUCCAUUGUGUGUGCAGUAAUAUGGGUUCUCUCUUUCCUUCUUUUUGGGAUUCCAUGCAUGCUCGUUUUAAUUGAUGAACCUAGAUAUAGUUCUGCGGUGCUAUUUGUAUCAGUUUCAACGUCCUUACUUUGUCUCCCACUUAUGAUCAUCUCCACUCUGAGCCUGUUCAUCAAGGUCUGCUUGAGACCAUCCCAGCAUCAACGUGGAAAUAUUUUAACAGCCAUCUUACUGACUCUUCUCUUCUUCAUCGUUCUUGCAUUGCCAUUUAAUAUCAUCUUUUGUAUUUUCUAUUUUUCAUUUGGUUACUCUCUUUCUCGAUCUGUCUAUGGAUUCUUAUUUGCCUCCUUAAACAGUAGUGUUAACCCACUGAUUUAUUUCCUGGUUGGAAGACGAAAGAGAGGGAAAUACAGGGAGAGUGUGAAGGUUAUUUUCCACAGGAUUUUCAGUGAUGAGAAAGACAGCAGACCACAGCUGGACACAGUUCAAACCCAAACCCCAUUAUGAUUUUCCCCCAUUAGAGUGUAAGCCUGUCAAUUUCAGAACAGGCUGACGAAGGACAUUAUCCCACUGAAAUCACCAGAUUAUUCACCUUGUUUGCAUUUAAUGUGUAAAACAUUUGUCAAUCUGAUGGUAUGGCCUUCACAAACAUCUGUUCCUCCUCGUAUCAAAAUUAAAAAUGCGCAUGA